UUCCUUCUCUUUUCACUCUCUCUCUCUCAUUGCUGUGUAAGAACAGAACAGAUUACAGAACAGAACAGAAAACUCUGCUUGUGCUACCCUUUAUUUUUUAUUAUUUUUUUUGGGGGGGUUGGUUCAGGAAGGGAACAGAGGGAGGCAGUAUGGCCCACAAACUCAUCCCAAACAGAGUUCUCUCGCUGAAACCCAUCUGAAAAAGCCUGGAAAAGACUCCUACUUAGGCUGACUUCGAUCUUGGGAUUCGUUUCCCUACAAAGAUCCUCAUAAUCCCAUCUCCAUUUUUUUAGAGAAAAAAAUAAAAUAAAAAUUCCCAAAGGCUCGUGAUUGCGAAACAAUAAACAAAUACAAAUCUACAAUUUCUAUCAUGGCAGCAUUAUUAUGGGUUUGGGUUUGGGUUGGUUUUGGUUGUGGGUGGAAAAAGCAAUAUUUGUUACAAAAUCAACAUUUUCGUAAAUCAGAGAGCAACUCAUGUGGCGGCUUGUAGUAUAGGUACCAGGCAAAGGACGAUCAUUACUUUCUGUUGUUCCUGGUCCUUCAUAAGUACUUUGUAGACAAGGUUGGUUUUCGUGGUCACUCUAUGUUGGCUUAUUAAGAGAAUAAGUCUGAGAAAAAGAACCUCUCAUCACUUACUCUCCAAUUUACCAUCUUCAUCGUCGUCGUCUUCUAGUUCCCUCCACCACUACUUUGAUCGGUUUUACAAUCCACUCUUCCAUUACGAUUCUAUUGCGGGAGACUCGAUCCUGAUGAAACUAGCAACAUCCCUUCAACAUAAGAAGAAACCGAAAGUGGAAGCAGCACAAUAGUAACAAGCAGAGAAGAAUUAACAUACGCAAAGCUUUCAUUCAUGGCUCGACAACUGUGUGAAGACAAAUCGAGGGACAUGGUGUCUUCAACUGGAUUCUGCUACACGGAUGUAUCAUCGGGUAACCAAACGAUGCAAACUCAUCUAGUGAACCAGAUCCAAGGCUUUGUCUCCGACUCGGAGAUGUUCAACCUCACCGCAGGCAUGGAAAUGAUAGGGUUUCCAAAGAACGUUCAGCAGCAACAGAGUGACACCAACUCAGUCAUGUGGAAAAGUUUCUUCGGAAGACCUGGUCAACAUCCAGGUCCUUCCUCUUCCAAGACUAUGAACGAGUCUAGUAGUAAUUUCUACCAGCAUGAGUACAGUAACAAACCAGAUUUCACAUCAGGGAUUUCAGAAACAAGUGGUGAGAAUCUAAUCGAUGGAGCUCAUGAUUCAGUUCCAUGGCAAGAGAAUAGAUUACUCGUUGAUGAUUCUUCUUUGAGGUGUGUGUUCCCUUGUGAAGGAAACGAAAGGCCAAGUCAAGGUCUUUCACUCUCUCUUAGUUCAAACAAUCCUUCCAGUAUUGGCUUGCAAUCUUUUGAGCUAAGACAACCUGAUUUUGUUUCGUCGAGUUCCAGAGAGGGACUCUUCGGGAAAUCCACGAAUGUUCAUCAACAGCAACAACAACAACAACAACAGAUGUUGCAAGAUGGGUAUUUGAGUGCUAAAGCUGCGAAUCUUUAUCAAGGACAUUUCCUGCUCAAGAACUCCAAGUACUUGAUACCUGCACAGGACCUUCUGAACGAGUUUUGUUGUUUGGGCACGAAGCAAAGCGAUUUGCCAAAGCAAAAGCCCAACAAGAACAAGCAGUGGGAAGAGGAUAACGGUAGCAGUUCCUCAAAGAAGCACUCUCUUACAUCUCUAGAGUUCGUGGAAUUGCAGAAGAGAAAGACAAAGCUGCUUUCGAUGCUGGAAGAGGUUGACAGAAGGUACAGGCACUACCGUAAUCAGAUGAAGGCGGUGGUAUCGUCGUUUGAAGCAGUGGCUGGCAAUGGAGCUGCCACAGUGUACUCGGCUUUGGCUUUGAAAGCCAUGUCGAGACAUUUCAGAUGUUUAAAGGAUGGAAUAUUGGGUCAGAUUCAGGCGACAAGGAAAGCCAUGGGAGAGAAAGAUCCAGUUGCACCAGGCACAACAAGGGGUGAAACCCCUAGGCUCAAAGUCAUUGACCAAGCACUGAGACAACAAAGGGCCUUUCAACAAAUGAGCAUGAUGGAAACCCAUCCUUGGAGACCCCAACGUGGUCUUCCCGAGCGAUCCGUCUCCGUUCUGAGGGCUUGGCUUUUUGAGCAUUUUCUCCAUCCGUACCCAAGCGAUGUUGAUAAACAUAUAUUAGCCCGCCAAACUGGUCUCUCGAGAAGCCAGGUAUCGAAUUGGUUUAUUAAUGCAAGGGUGAGGCUAUGGAAGCCAAUGGUGGAGGAAAUGUACUUGGAGGAAGUGAAGGAGCGUGAAAACAAUAUGGCUUCCUCGGAAGGGGGUAACGAUCCCAACGAUGAAAUUAACCCGAAUGUUCAAAACCUACCAUCUUCAUCACGUCCUGAGGAUCAGAAGCCAACACCGGAUCGCCUUGUUCGAAUUGACUCCGAGUGUGUGUCCACCAUCAUCAAUCACCAUAACCCUGAUAACAAAAACGACCCAAAGAGCAGCACCAAAACACUCCAGAACCACCACCACCACAUGAAUCCCCAAGAACAAUGUUUGGGACGAGUCACGGACACAUUUGGGUCUGUGGAGCUUGAUUUUUCAUCUUACGCGCACCACUCAUCCGGCAUGGUUUCUUUCAAUAGUAAUGAUCAGAAUGCCAACCAGAGCUUCAACGGUGGAGUGUCUUUGACGCUAGGGUUACAGCAGCAUGCAGGAGGAAGCGGGGUGAGCUUAGCGUUUCCACCAGCAACUCAGAGUUCACUGUUCUAUCCAAGAGACCAGAUUGAAGAAUGUCAAACAGUUCAGUACUCUCUUUUGGAUGGCGAAGGACAAAAUCUACCAUACAGGAAUUUGAUGGGCGCACAGCUUCUCCAUGACUUGGCAGGAUAGGACUCUCCAUAUAAAUUAUUGAUCCCAAAAGUUAUUUAAACUUCACUCUGAAAUGAAUCGUGGGUAAGUUGGUGAAAUUAAGUAGAGAGAUAAUUAGUUUUUUUUUUUGCUUUUAGCUAGCUACGUAUAAAGAAUAUAUACUACACAAUGCUUCCAUACAUAAAGCUACACUUUGGUUAGAUAAACGUAUAGUUUCAACAUGUGUAUUCAUGCUUAUAUAUAUCUUGGAAUUGGAAUUGCUGCAA